CGUAAACGCAUUGGCAGUAUGCGUAGAUAAAUUAGAAUAUAUCGACUUGGAUAGUGUUUUCUAGGAUAGUGUUUUCUAGGCUGGUGUUUUCUAGAAUUUAAUGACGGCUAAUGGGUACAUAUAUGUGUAAUAAAAACUACUAAUUGUUCCAACGAUAGAUAUGUGUAAUUCACACAGAGUCGCACAAACAGGAAGUAAAAGGAACAAGCCAAUCAGCUCCACGGAGCAUGUGUCACGCGUGAUGCAGCGUCUCUGGUGAAGGUUACGGUUAGUUGAACGUGUGCACUGUUACCUGUUACCUGAAGCAGAGGCUACAGACAGACUGGAAACGACGCUGUGCGCAGUUGCGUGAUGGCAGGCCUGUCCAGCUAUGCGUUGCGGAUGGCCAGACUGAGCUCACAGAUCUUUGGAGAAGUUGUGCAUCCAACUGACCUGAAAUCUAUGAAGGUGGUCCAGCUGUUCCAGGAGCCGCCUAUGGCCAAGAGGAAGGAGGUGUAUGACUGGUACCCACACCACAAGAUUUACUACGCUGUGACCCAGAAGCUCCGGUUCAUGGGUCUGUUCAGAGAUGAGCACGAAGACUUCAAGGAGGAGAUGCGUCGUCUGAGGAAACUAAGAGGAAAAGGGACGCCAAAGAAAGGAGAGGGGAAGAGAGCAGGCAAGAAGAAGUGAGCUGCCACACGUCUGCUCCCCGAGGCUGCUCAGGACUCGACGCCCUUCGGUUUCUGCGCUGGCUGCUGUGCACCGCGGUGGGAUGCUGGUCCGGAGAGCUGUCCUUUGUUUCUGUGCUGACAGGACGUUGAGUCGGGCAUAUCCCACUUCUGUUAAAUCGUGCAUGUCAUUGAACGUGUGUGUGGUAGUAAGAGGGCUGUGCUUAUCUUAUUACCACAUAAUAAUCUGUAGAACAGCCCAGGAGGCAGCGUUAGCUGCUGACAGCUCGACUGUGGAUGGAACGGCUCAAAUGUAC